CCAGGAAGUAAAUUGACAUAUCCAGUGGUCCGGCAAGCAUAGACUCAGUGAAAUUAAUGAUUUCGCGGAAAGGAUCUCAUAAACAAUCAUUUUUACUAUAAAACAGAGGGCGCCCAGACGGGAUCAUUUUUACCUCUCGACACUAUGGAGCAACCGUACCGGAUGAUUGUCGACCCUAUGCUUGCUGAAAUGGGUAAGAAUCUGAACGAGGCUAUGAAGAUUCUGGAAGAUGGUCAAAGGGAGGUGGAGGAGAAGCGGAAGUACAGCAGGAAGGACAUUCCUGGGCCUCUGCAAGGAGGUGGUCAAGAUGUUGCCAGCAUCCUACAGCUGGUUCAAAACCUCAUGCAUGGAGAUGAGGAAGAAGACAAUCUGUGUCAUCGCAGGAUGCAGAAUGUGGGGGAGCAGGGGCACAUGGCGCUGUUAGGGCACAGCCUGGCAGCCUACAUCUCUGUGCUAGAUAGAGAGCGACUGAGGAAGCUAACCACUCGCAUCCUGUCAGACACCACGCUCUGGCUCUGCCGGCUCUUCAGGUAUGAGAACGGCUCAGCCUAUUACCAUGAGGAUGACCGGGAAGGGCUCAUAAAAGUUUGUCGCCUUGUAAUUCAUUCCCGCUAUGAGGAUUACACCACUGAGGGCUUUACUGUGCUCAGCUGCAAACAGCCUGUCAUCUACCAGAGUGCUGCCAGCAGGCCAGGGCUGGGCCAGCACCUCUGCAGCCAGCUGGGUCUGCCUCUGUCCAGCCUCUGCACCGUGCCCUGCAACACCAUGUUUGGAUCACAGCAUCAAAUGGAUGUGGCCUUGUUGGACAGACUGAUUAAGGAUGACAUUGAUUCAGGAAAGCUUCCGUUGUUGCUGAUAGCGAAUGCUGGAACACCAGGUGCAGGACACACAGACAAGCUGAGUCGUCUGAAGGAGCUGUGUGACCAGCACAGCAUGUGGCUCCACGUGGAGGGAGUCAACCUGGCAACACUUGCUCUGGGCUAUGUAACAUCAACCUCAUCAGUGAUGGCAGCCACCAAAUGUGACAGCAUGACGCUGACGCUGGGUCCGUGGCUGGGCCUUCCAGCUGUGCCUGCAGUCACCCUCUACCGACACGAGGAUCCAGCCCUGUCUCUUGCAGCAGGUCUAACAUCCAGCCAACCAGUGGAGAAACUGCGUGCCCUGCCUCUCUGGCUGUCCUUGCAGUACCUGGGGCAUGAUGGGAUAGUAGAGAGGAUUAAGCACGCGUCCCAGUUGAGCCAGAGGCUCCUCGACCAGCUGAAGAAGCUGACCUCCAUAAAGACAUCAGAUGACCUUGACAUGCAGAUGUCUCUUCUCGAGGCUUUGACCAUGGUGGAGGAUGAGUUGAAUUCUCCUGUGGUGGUGUUCAGGUUCUCCCAGGAGACCAGUGAAGGGUCAAGUGGGGGCUCUGUGCAGGGAUAUAACGGAGGUGAGAGAGAGGUGCAAGAUGCCCUAAACCGAUGGCUGGGUGAGAGAUUGGCACAGUUGGUGCCAGCCAGUGGGGUGGAUGUGGUGGAGCUGGAGGAUGAGGGCACUUGUGUCAGGUUCAGCCCCCUCAUGACUGCAGCAGUGCUGGGUACACAGGAGGGGGAUGUGGAUGCCCUGGUGAAGCAGCUGGGAGAGAUGGUGCCGCUUCUGAGCUGCACCCUGCGUCUCAGGCAGGACUUCAGGGAGGAGGUCUACCGCCACACAGCCCUCACCUACAUAGAGGACCUAAGCUGGCCUGGGCUGGGGGUCUUCAGGUACGAGCCCAGCAGUGAGGAGCCUGAUGACAGCAAAAGGCAGCUGGAAGUGGAGAAGAUCAACAGUGACCUGCUGAAGAAGCUGCAGGAACUGGACGCAGACCUUAGCUUCUCCACCGGACCUGAGUUUGGCCCAGAGAAAAACUGUGUAUAUGUUGGCAUGGCAACUGAGGACCUGGAUGUGGCAGAGCUGGUAGACACCAUUACAGUCCUGGGGAGGGAAAUUGAGGAGAGUGGCAAGCUGUUAGAGAACAUGACAGAGGUGGUGCGAAAGGGGAUCUUGGAGGCUGAAUUGCAGCUCCAGAGAGCUAAUGAGGAGAAGCUGAUGGAAGAGGGUGUGCUGCGUCAGAUCCCGCUGGUUGGCUCCGUCCUCAACUGGUUCUCCCCUGUCCAGAGUUCUGUCAAAGGCAGAACCUUCAACCUGGCUGCAGGCUCUUUGGACUCCACAGAACCCACCUACUCCAUGAAGGCCCAAACAGUGCGAGGAACCCCUCCUGCCACCCCCACAUUCACUGUAACCAAGCGGUUGCCAGGGCAGAAGCUGUUCCGUCGCUCGGCAGCAGGCUCAGACAAGCUAAGCGAGACCAGCUCUGUGGGCUAUCCGGAAGAGGUGGAAAGGGAAGUGGUCCAUUGCCCAGCUGCAGAGAAGGUCGCCCCUGAUCCCACCCAGGAGUCUGUGCCAGAGUCUCCACUGGAACCAGCCGGUCUUAAGGCAGCACAGGCAGAGAAGACGGCCCAAGAGAAGGACGGGAAAAGCGAGGCAAACCAGCCAGCUCUGGAGAUUCGGGCGACAGAGCAGGAGGACUCUCUCAGAUAGGACGGCUCACAGAUGCCAGCCAAUGGGUAGGGGUGAGGGCAGGGGCAGGGACAGGGUGCAACUAACGCAGGCCGAGAGCCAGCAGGAACACUCCUUUCUGUCACUACAUAACUAGGAGAGGGUGAAGUAAAGCAGCUUAUAUGCAAUUAAUUGAUUAACGUCGUGAUUUUCGUUCAAUCUAUGUAAAUGUAAUCUUGCAAGCCAUCAUAGUUUAGACUUGAUCACUUUGAAUUUAAGGUUAAGCUGUACGUGAGGCUAACAUUGAAAUGCACAUUUACAAAAGAGUGAGAUUGCCAUAAUAUUACCUAAAAACCAGAAGAAAAAAAGCAGCAGCCGUCAGCAGCCUCUGAGACCCUCUGAUGAGCACUGCCCUUCCAUAGUUACAAGUCAAAGACAUUAACUUAAUGAAGACACCUGUGGCUUAUUUCACAUCCCCUAGAGCAGCAGAGGCUUUUUCAGGGACAGAUGGGGAAUCUGCUAGGAGCUCUGGGAAGCAGGGAGAGUUCAUAUGAGUUAAGGUAACUCAAAGAAAAGAGAAUUCCACACCAUCUCGCUGCUGCUUUUACAUUCUGGACUAGCACAGUUUAUUGGAUUUACCACACAACUUUUGAUCAGGAUAGUUUGCACCCGAACAUCUGGUCCGUAUUUGCAGUGUUGGGUCCAUAUUCAAACUAAUCAAGGUGUUCUGAUGGGUCUACUUGCAUAGUAAGCAGGAAUACCUUAUCUGAGGUAUCAGUAUCCAAAGAUGCAUAAUUGCAACAGCUGAGUGAACACAAGUAACCAAACAGCAGUAACCAAACAAACUUACCAGUGCAAGCUU